AUGCAAGCAACACAGGGGCUAGCGUGUCCCCCUUUUCAGUUGCCCCUGUCCCUCCCCACCAUCACCACGGUCAUUCCUAGGAAAAAAGCCCUCUCCUCGGGCGGUGCCACCCGCUCCCUGGCGCAGCCAGCCUGCUCAGGAUGCCUGUUGGUCCCCGGCCUCACCGAGCGGCUAGGGCGGCGGCUGCGAGAGCCGCACGACCCCCACAACUCUAUCGGGGCGUUGCUGGCUGCAGGGCACGGCCCGGGCCCCCACCUGCCAGCCGCGGGGGCCGGGGCGGUGGGGCUCCCAGCGGCUGCUCGAAGUUUCAUACCGCGGCGCACUCACGACACAGAACCUACCCUGCAGCCGAGCGAGACGCGAGCUCUCUCCGCCUUCAAGGGCCGGGGGGGAGCGGGGGGCCCCGCCACUCAGCAGCAGCCACGGCUGCGCGCGGUCGCGGGUGUGCGGGGCCCCUGCGCGCGGCGCGCCGCCCGCCGCCCAACUUUGCACAAAGGCAGCAUGGCACGGCCUCGCCUAGCCGGCUCGCCCACGCCGCGACCGCGCUCCCGCCCGGGCGAGGGGCUCGCCCCUUCCACAGUCGGCCCGGCCUCCUCCGGCCCCCACCCACUCCCAGGAGGGGCGGCCCGGCCGAACGCAGCACCCGGCACCCAGCUCCGACGCGCUGGCGGCCGCCGCUCGCACUGUGACGUUAGCAGCCUUCGCGGCUAUUUAUAUCCCCACGAUUGGAUUUCAUUCAUGAAACCAGGGCCUGGUGUGUCUGUGCUUUGGGGCGCGGUGGCAAAGGUGCCUCAGCUCUACGCACGCCCAAGGGAUCCGGGCUCGCAGCACGGUCCGGGACAACCAGGCGCAGAGCCGGGAAGACCCCGGCCCUUCUCCUCCGCUGUGGCGAGGGGCUGCCUGUGCGUUCCGAGGACACACCAGGAUUAUUUUUCACACAUCCACCCAACAAACCUUAUGGAAUGUGGCUGCAGGGCAUCGGGACUCUGCCAAGCUCUGAGGAGGUCACAAGCAACCUACUCCCUGCCCUCAGGGAGCUUAGAGUCUGCCUGCUAAAAUUCAUGUGCUCAACUUCCUGCUCCCACCCCUGAAGAAGCAAUGGGGAAAGGGGGUUGGUGGAGGCGAAGUAGAUACUGAUGUGUUCAGCUGCCUCAAGAGAUGUGUUCAUUGAACAAACCCUACUUGAGGAGGCUGUGGACCAAAAGCUGGGCAAUAAUAUACCUUUUGCCUGAAGGAGUUCUCAGGUAAGG